AACUGCAAGCGAGCACAGAACGAGGCAAGAGCACGCGGGUAAAACAUCCUCACAGGACCGCGAAAAAACGUUAUUUAGCGGCGUUGACCAAACGUAUAGAGCCUGUUGGGAAUGUAAUGUGGAUUAUUCCGGUUUGGGAUAUUUUUUACGAAAACUGAGCUAUUGUGCGCUAGACAGGGCAGAGUAACCCUAUGGACUACAUUACCCACAAGGCAUCAUGCAGUCUGUGCUGGUUUCCCUAAAUACAGAAAGAGUCCGACCUGGAGGACCUGUCUGGACGAUUGAGGUCUGAGGAGAUACCAGAAGAAAACAACACCUCAGCAGACACACCACACCUCAUCUGCUCGUCUUCUCAAGUCGAUCCAUUCCAGGAAACGUGGAAGAAGUACUUUUAUUGUCGCCUGACAGAGAUUGGAUUGUUGUGCAAUGUCAUUGGCCUUAUGACUGUUAUUUAAGACUGUUCUCCUCCUAACUUGCUCUCCUCUUUUAGGAUAUUUUUUGUUUGUUGCUGCGUUGACGAUCUCACCCCUUCUCUGGUAUCUCUGGGCAUAUACUGUGGGAUGUACUUUGGAUAUACUGACCUUUGAACCAAAGCUAAUUCAAUGAUUUCCUUCUGUUCAGGAUAAUAACCCCAAAUCUCCAGCACUUUUACAAUGAAUUUCUUCAGAUUCCCAGUCCAGUUGCAGCUGCUGAUCAGUACUGUUCUUGGGCCCUGCUUGGGCCUGGAGUUUACAGGGUCGCAAGGCCAAUGGGCACGCUAUCUCCGCUGGGACGCCAGCACCAGAAGUGACCUCAGCUUCCAGUUCAAAACAGAUGUGCCCACUGCCUUAAUCCUGUACUUUGACGAUGGCGGCUUCUGCGACUUCCUGCAACUCAUGGUGGUCGAAGGGAAGCUCCAGUUGCAGUUCAGCAUUGAUUGCGCCGAGACCACAGUUGUAUUGGACAAGCAAGUCAAUGACAGCAGCUGGCAUUCUGCCACCCUGAGCAGGUACAACCUGAGAACUGUGCUGGUUCUGGAUGGAGUGAGCAAAUCGAGCGAGGUGUGGCCACAGAGGCAGUACAUGAAGAUUGUUAGUGACCUCUUCCUGGGUGGAAUCCCUGAAGAUAUUCGUAUUUCUGUGCUCACUCUCCCGACAGUGAAGGAUCUUCCAGCGUUUAAGGGAAUUAUCAGGGAACUGAAGUACAAUAACAAGGAACCUAUUCUACUAAGUAGCCAGAGGGUUCGCAUGGACAUAGAGGGGAUCUGCAUGGAGAACCCAUGCGAGAAUGGAGGAACGUGCUCUGUUGUGGAUGGGGAACCACUUUGUGAUUGUUCUAAGACGGAAUAUGUGGGCCGAUUCUGCAAUGAAGAGGCCAACAGCAUCCCAGGAUUUGCACACAUGAUGGCAGAUCAAGCCAAGGGCAAAGCACGAGAAGAGAACGUGGCCACUUUCCGAGGUUCUGAGUACUUCUGCUACGACUUGUCUCAGAAUCCCAUCCAGAGCAGCAGCGAUGAGAUCACAUUGUCCUUCAAGACCUGGCAAAGAAAUGGCCUUAUCCUUCACACCGGCAAGUCAGCAGACUAUGUCAACCUGGCCCUGAAAGAUGGGGCCGUUUCAUUGGUCAUCAACUUGGGUUCCGGAGCCUUCGAGGCCAUUGUCGAGCCUGUCAAUGGCAAGUUCAACGACAACGCCUGGCAUGACGUGAAGGUCACACGCAACCUCAGACAGCAUUCAGGUAUUGGACACGCUAUGGUAAACAAACUACAUUGUCUGGUGACAAUAUCCGUGGACGGCAUCCUGACCACAACAGGCUAUACACAGGAGGACUACACAAUGCUGGGAUCAGAUGAUUUCUUCUACGUCGGAGGAAGUCCAAGCACAGCAGACUUACCUGGGUCUCCUGUCAGCAACAACUUUAUGGGUUGCCUGAAAGAGGUUGUUUACAAAAACAAUGACAUCCGGCUGGAACUCUCCCGGCUCGCCCGCAUUGUGGAUCCCAAAAUGAAGAUUCAGGGAGAUGUGGUGUUCAAGUGCGAGAAUGUGGCCACUCUGGACCCCAUCUCAUUCGAGACGCCCGAGUCCUACAUCAGCCUACCCAAGUGGAACACCAAACGCAUGGGCUCCAUAUCCUUCGACUUCCGUACCACCGAACCAAACGGCCUUAUUCUCUUCACCCACGGGAAGCCGCAGGAAAGAAAGGAUGCCCGUAGCCAGAAGAACACAAAAGUGGACUUUUUUGCAGUUGAGCUUCUGGAUGGAAGCAUGUACCUGCUGCUGGACAUGGGCUCUGGGACUAUCAAAGUGAAAGCCACACAGAACAAGGUGAACGACGGGGCCUGGUAUCAUGUGGACAUCCAACGAGACGGGAGAUCAGGCACCAUAUCUGUUAACAGCCGUCGCACUCCGUUCACCGCCAGUGGCGAAAAUGAGAUCCUGGACCUGGAGGGGGACAUGUACCUGGGCGGCCUCCCCGAUAGCCGGGCCGGCCUUAUCCUUCCCACUGAAUUAUGGACUGCCAUGCUAUACUACGGCUAUGUGGGAUGCAUUCGGGACCUGUUCAUUGACGGUCGCAGUAAGGACAUCAGGCAAAUCGCUGAGGCCCAGAACGGUGCAGGUAUCAAACCUUCCUGCAACAAGAUGCCAGGCAAACAGUGCGACAGCUAUCCGUGCAAGAACAAAGGUGUGUGCAAAGAAGGAUGGAAUCGCUUUAUCUGCGACUGCACAGGCACUGGUUACUGGUCUCGCACGUGUGAGAGGGAGGCAUCCAUCUUGAGCUAUGACGGGAGCAUGUAUAUGAAAGUGGUGAUGCCUACCGUGAUGCACACUGAAGCGGAGGACGUGUCCCUUCGCUUCAUGUCUCAGCGGGCAUACGGCCUGCUCAUGGCCACCACCUCACGUGACUCCGCCGAUACUCUUCGGCUAGAGCUGGAUGGCAGUCGCGUCAAACUCACGGUCAACUUAGACUGUAUCAGGAUAAACUGUAACUCCAGCAAAGGACCAGAAACACUGUAUGCUGGACAAAAACUCAAUGAUAAUGAAUGGCAUACUGUGCGCGUGAUCCGGAGGGGCAAAAGCUACAAGCUAAUGGUUGACGAUGACAUAGCAGAAGGUCAGAUGGUGGGCGAUCACACCCGGUUAGAGUUUCACAACAUCGAGACGGGCGUGAUGACCGAGCGCCGUUUCGUCUCCAUGAUCCCCUCCAGUUUCAUCGGUCACCUGCAGAGCCUCAAGUUCAAUGGCAUGCUCUACAUCGACCUGUGCAAGAACGGCGAUAUCGACUACUGUGAGCUCAACGCUCGCUUUGGCAUGCGCUCCAUCAUCGCAGACCCCGUGACAUUCAAGUCAAAGAGCAGUUACCUGAGUCUAGCGACCUUGCAGGCUUACACAUCCAUGCACCUUUUCUUCCAGUUCAAGACAACCUCUCCAGAUGGAUUCAUCCUCUUCAACAGUGGGGAUGGAAGCGAUUUCAUCGCUGUAGAGCUGGUGAAAGGGUACAUACAUUAUGUGUUUGAUCUUGGCAACGGGCCCAAUGUAAUCAAGGGCAACAGUGACCGAGCUCUCCAUGACAACCAGUGGCAUAACGUUGUCAUCACUAGAGACAACAGUAACGUCCACACGCUCAAAGUCGAUGCCAAGGCAGUGAGUCAAGGCAUCAAUGGCGCUAAAAAUCUGGACCUUAAAGGUGACCUCUACAUCGCCGGAUUGGGGCCCAACAUGUAUAACAACCUGCCGAAACUUGUGGCCUCUAGGGACGGUUUUAAGGGUUGCCUGGCAUCUGUGGACCUGAACGGACGCCUUCCCGACCUCAUAAACGACGCCGUGUUCCGCAGCGGUCAGAUCGAGCGAGGAUGUGAAGUUGGUUUCACCAAAGCAGAUCUACAAGGUCCUAGCACUACAUGCCAAGAAGACUCCUGUGCCAACAUGGGCAUCUGCAUCCAGCAAUGGGAGAACUACACCUGCGACUGUUCAAUGACCUCCUACACGGGGACACAGUGUAAUGACCCUGGAACAACGUAUAUCUUUGGAAAAGGUGGAGGCCUCAUAACCUUUAACUGGCCGGCCAACGAGCGCCCGAGCACCCGUACGGACAGGCUGACAGUGGGCUUUAGCACCUCGCUCAAGGAUGGCCUCCUGAUCCGCAUCGACAGUGCCCCCGGCCUGGGAGACUACCUCAUGCUCCACAUUGAACAAGGCAAAAUUGGAGUCACGUUCAACAUCGGAACGUCUGACAUCACUGUUCAGGAGAGCAGCACCGCUGUAAAUGACGGCAAGUACCAUGUAGUUCGCUUCACCCGAAAUGGGGGCAAUGCUACACUUCAGGUGGACAACUGGGCCAUCAAUGAGCACUUCCCCUCAGGUAAGACCUCUCACCGACCGCUUCAACCUUUGGCUUAUUACAUCAAGAAGAUACUGGAGGAAUGGCUGCUAUCCUCAGGGCGGCGGUUAACGAUAUUCAACACCCAGGCCACUAUAACAAUUGGUGGUUCAGACCGCAAGAGGCCAUUUCAGGGCCAACUAUCCGGUCUCUACUACAACGGCCUCAAAGUGCUCAACAUGGCUGCUCAGGGCAACCCUAACAUCAAAAUCAACGGCAGCGUCCGCCUGGUGGGGGAGGUUCCCUCCGCAGGUUCAGCCAGAACCACGGCCCUCCCUCCAGAGAUGUCCACCACCUUUAUCGAGACCACCACCACCAUGUCCACCACCACCACGAGAAAACACCGCACUCCACCCACAAUACAGACCACGGAUGACAUGGUCUCUUCGGCUGAAUGCUCCAGUGACGACGAGGACUUUGCUGAGUGCGAAGGACAUGCAGGUGGGCUAGGAGGCAAAUUAGUUUUCCCAGUAUUUGUAAAGGAUCCCUUAGAGAUCCCCUCUGUAGCCACUCGUACACCCUCCAUCCCCUUUCCCCCAACCCUCCGCCCCCACCUCACCAUUAUUGAGACCACCAAAGAGUCCCUGUCCAUUGCCACUGAGGCGGGGGUACCUUGCUUGUCGGACCGAGGCAGCGAUGAUUGUGAUGAUGAUGAUGAUGAUGAUGAUGGCUUGAUGAUAUCUGGGUAUGGCUCUGGGGAAGCAUACGACUCUAACCUGCCCCCUACUGAUGAUGAAGAUUUUUACACCACCUUCUCCUUGGUAACAGAUAAGACCUUGUCUUCGUCGACCUUUGAAGGUGGCUACAAAGCUCACGCGCCUAAGUGGGGAUCCAAGGACUUUAGACCUAACAAAGUCUCCGAUUCUGGUAGGACUACUACCACGUCUUUUUCCCCCAAGCUGAGCCGCUCCACAACCACGUCCACGCCACCCAAACUGCCCGCGGGCAAAAUGAAUCACAGGGAGCUAAAGCCCCAGCCCGACAUAGUCUUGCUUCCAUUGCCCACUUCCUAUGAGGUAGACAACACAAAGCUGAAGAGCCCAUUAAUAACCUCCCCCAUGUUCCGUAAUGUACCCACAGCAAUCCCCACGGAGCCGGGCAUCAGGCGGGUUCCGGGGGCCUCCGAGGUGGUCCGUGAAUCUAGCAGCACCACCGGAAUGGUCGUCGGGAUAGUUGCCGCUGCCGCUUUGUGCAUCCUAAUUCUGCUGUACGCCAUGUAUAAGUACAGAAACAGGGACGAGGGAUCCUACCAAGUGGACGAGACCAGAAAUUACAUAACCAACUCGGCGCAGAGCAAUGGAGCAGUCAUGAAGGACAAACAGCAGAGUGCGAAAAGCAGCAACAAGAAACAGAAAAACAAGGACAAGGAGUACUACGUGUGAGAAUGUCGCCCGUCGCUUUGACAGAACUUUGAGCUGUUGGGCGCUGUGCCGAGAGAGGGCGACAGGAGCCGAACCCCGGCGCUAUGCCGAGAAGGCGAACUGUACCAUAAAGCACACGUACAACCGUAAGCAUACCACGAAGGUAAAAUAGCAAACAUUAGUGACCUUAUUCCUCUAUCUGGUCGGAGACGUUAUCAGUGUAGAAUAUUCCACAGCUACAUCAUAAUCCUAAGUGACUUUUAGAGGUAUGUGAACCUUGGCGUAAAUCUCGUUUUUCUUUUCUUUUGUAACUCUGUAAAAAAAAAA